AUGCACACCAGACCAUUCCUACCCGUUACACGUCCAUUCACGCUCGACGGCUACCUACACAACAUCAAUGGUGUGCACGCGGUUCAGACUGUCAUACUAAAUUGUUCAAACCCCGAUUGUGAAACUAUGUAUAGGCCAAGCCUCUACACACAAGAAGGUGAACGAUACUACUACACACAGGGCAUGGGACGCGACACAGAUUACCUUCAAAUUCAUUGUCAUUAUUACAUGACCACCCGUCUAGCCUACAUGUUCCGAGUUUUAAAAAUGGUAGGCCACGUUAGCCAUUUCAACCUUGUGAAUUGGUUCAACAUGGUAUUUGUAGAUAAGUCGCCUCCCCCUACCUUCAAAGCCAGCCAGUUGUUCUCUCCUUCAAUGUUGGAGGAAGAGUGCUGUCACGGUCUCAUACUGCAUUCACUAAUCAAGCACGCCGACCGUCAAGGCACCCGCCUAAUGGUCAGCUCCAGCGGUACCGAUAACCUCCGUUUCGAGGCUGCGAUUGAAUCACACUUGAAUAUGUUGCUGAUUGAAGGGACGAAGUACCGCGACCACUUCUGUUCAAGUUGUGUCCGCCCGUUACCAGAUGGUGCUGACCCUGAAACUGGUGAAAAUUUUUGGAAAACCAUACGCGCAGUUGUCACAGACGGAGUGACGUUGGGCCAUUGGCGGUGCAGUGCUUCUACGGAACAAUUGCAAGAAAUAGCUCGCAGUGCGGGGGAACCAAUGCCUGAAGGUCCUUGUACUCGCCAGUUGGACCGCAUCAAUGAUCGAUACUGCCCACUGCAUUUUGCUCUACUCAGCAAUUGA